AUGGAUCCUUUCGAAGUCAGGCUGCAGUUUCUCUCACUUUUGAGAAAGCUGAAUGCCUCUCAACAGUCCAUUCAAAAGGUUGUCGGAUAUGCAUUGAAGUACUUUUCUGGCUGUGGAGAGGACCUCUGGGAUUGCAUCGUCGAGGAAUGCCAGAAGGGGUCCAUAAACAAUCGUAUAAACAUAUUGUAUCUUCUCGACUCGCUGUGUGAAAGCUCGCUUCUCGCGAAGUCGCACUCAGGGUCGACGGGCCAGGACGGGAGCCAGAACUCAUUUUACCUCGACUAUAUUUCUCGUGAUUUGGGCAAAAUUGUCGACUACGUCGUCCCGGAGGGUAGACAAGGUCUUCCGAAUCUCAUGAGCACCAAGCAGAUCCUCGAGAGCUGGCGUACAAAACGUGUGCUCGAUCCGCAAAAGGUUGAUGACGUGAUGGCAACGCUCGACUCACGGCGCACGUCCCUCGAACAGGAACAACAGACCCACUCCCACGCUCAUCCCGACCCAUCCAACCGUGCGGCCCCGCUUCCACGCGCCGAGGUCUUCAAGCGGAUAGAGGAGGACAGAGAGCGGCACAAGCGCCUACGAGAGCGCCGCUGGGUCCAGCCCGUCGCGCAUAAUCCUCAAACACUCUUGCCACCACCACUCGCAUCUUUUCUCCCCCUUGAAGAUGAAGACCAAUUGACGCUAGACAUUGAGUUCGAGAACGACUGGGAGACGACGAGCGACUGGAACGAGGAUGACGAUGAGGCGGCAAUUGAGGAGAACGAACUGUGUUUUCCUCCGACACCCGCAGGAGACGAAGAGCAGACCAUGGACCUUUCUUGA